CCACUAGAGCGCAGCCGGAAAUGACGUACAUAGAAUAUGAAGAACUGAAUGAUGUGGCAAAAAUGAAACGAAUUAUUUAAUACUGACUAGACUACUCAUACCGGCGCUUAUAAAUCAAAUCUAAAAUAUUAACCGCUAAACGCUCACAUACACCAAAUCAGAGCUUCGCGCAUCGCCUGCUUGAUUAACAAAAUCGCUGAAAUCGCGAAUGUCCUUCCGCCGCAAAAUCCGCGCUGCUGCUUCCGGAUUGUCAGUCUGAGCUGUUUCCGCCGCCAUUGCGGGUCUGAGCGAUUCCCAUCCGUGCAGAGAGGGGAGAAAAAACAAUAACCAUCUGGCGGAUUGGCUUGACACGACGAAAACGCGACACUUGCAUUCUCUGUCUAAUAAAGCCAGCAGUCCUGCAUUUGAUCUGUUUUGAAUCGGGGGUGUCCGCGGAGAGGAGGUCGUCGCUCGCUAAAGCUAGGCAGAAAUUUUGCGAGGAGUCCGGCCGGGAGGAUUGAGAACAGAAAGCCCAAACCAUGGCUCAAAUCCUGCCUAUCCGCUUCCAGGAGCACCUGCAGCUCCAAAACCUGGGCAUAAACCCAGCGAACAUUGGGUUUAGCACCCUCACGAUGGAGUCGGAUAAGUUCAUCUGCAUCCGGGAGAAGGUGGGCGAACAGGCCCAGGUGGUGAUCAUCGACAUGAGCGAUCCAAAUACGCCCAUCCGCAGGCCCAUCUCUGCAGACAGUGCCAUCAUGAACCCAGCCAGCAAAGUCAUUGCUCUUAAAGACGCGGCAAAAACCCUUCAGAUUUUCAACAUUGAAAUGAAGAGCAAGAUGAAGGCCCACACCAUGACUGAUGACGUUACAUUUUGGAAGUGGAUCUCUCUCAAUACCGUAGCACUUGUGACAGACACUGCGGUCUAUCACUGGAGUAUGGAAGGAGACUCACAGCCCAUCAAAGUCUUUGAUCGGCAUUCCAGUUUAGCAGGCUGUCAAAUUAUUAACUACCGCACUGACGCCAAACAGAAAUGGCUGCUUCUAAUUGGAAUUUCUGCACAGCAAAACCGCGUUGUGGGCGCAAUGCAACUUUACUCAGUGGACAGAAAGGUGUCGCAGCCGAUCGAAGGCCAUGCUGCUGGAUUUGCUCAGUUUAAAAUGGAGGGAAAUGCUGAGGAAUCCACACUUUUCUGCUUUGCUGUUCGGGGACAAGCUGGAGGAAAGUUGCACAUUAUUGAGGUUGGAACACCUCCGUCAGGUAAUCAACCCUUUCCAAAGAAAGCAGUCGACGUGUUUUUCCCUCCAGAGGCCCAGAACGAUUUUCCGGUUGCAAUGCAGAUAAGCUCCAAGCUCAAUCAUUUCGGAUCUAACAGCAUCCAAAAUGUUCUGGUGUUGCUAGAGGAGGAGUCCAGAGAGAAGUGCCUGAUUCCCACAGUGCUUUCUGUGUGCGUGGAGGAAGAAAACAUCAUCCCUUACAUAACUAACGUGCUGCAGAACCCUGAUCUGGCCCUCAGGAUGGCCGUCCGCAACAACUUGGCAGGUGCAGAGGAGCUCUUCGCCCGCAAAUUCAACAACCUAUUUGCUGGUGGCAACUACUCUGAAGCUGCCAAAGUGGCUGCCAAUGCACCAAAGGGCAUCCUGCGCACGUCAGACACCAUCCGUCGGUUCCAGAGUGUUCCUGCCCAGCCCGGUCAGACGUCUCCCCUGCUGCAGUACUUUGGGAUUCUGCUGGAUCAGGGCCAGCUGAACAAGUUUGAGUCAUUGGAGCUUUGCAGGCCCGUCCUGCAGCAAGGCCGCAAACAGCUCCUGGAGAAAUGGCUAAAGGAAGACAAGCUGGAGUGUUCUGAAGAGUUGGGUGAUCUGGUGAAGUCUGUGGAUCCAACUCUUGCACUUAGUGUUUAUCUAAGGGCCAACGUUCCCAACAAAGUGAUCCAGUGUUUCGCAGAGACCGGGCAGUUCCAGAAAAUUGUACUGUAUGCGAAAAAGGUUGGCUACACACCAGACUGGAUCUUCCUGUUGAGGAACGUCAUGCGGAUCAGUCCAGAACAAGGCCUGCAGUUCUCCCAAAUGCUCGUUCAGGAUGAGGAACCUCUGGCUGACAUCACUCAGAUUGUGGAUGUGUUUAUGGAGUAUAACCUGAUCCAGCAGUGCACUUCUUUCCUGUUGGAUGCCCUGAAGAACAACCGCCCCACUGAAGGUCCUUUGCAGACUCGUCUGUUGGAGAUGAACUUGAUGCACGCCCCACAGGUGGCAGAUGCCAUCCUGGGGAACCAGAUGUUCACUCAUUACGACCGGGCCCAUGUGGCUCAGCUGUGUGAGAAGGCAGGUCUUCUACAGAGAGCUCUGGAGCACUACACUGACCUGUAUGACAUCAAACGGGCCGUGGUCCACACCCAUCUGCUCAAUCCAGAGUGGCUGGUGAACUUCUUCGGCGCUCUGUCGGUGGAGGAUUCUCUGGAGUGUCUGAGAGCCAUGCUUUCUGCUAACAUCAGGCAGAACCUCCAGAUCUGCGUCCAGGUGGCCUCCAAGUAUCACGAGCAGCUCUCCACCCAGGCGCUAACAGAGCUCUUUGAGUCCUUCAAGAGCUUUGAGGGUCUGUUCUACUUCCUGGGCUCCAUUGUGAACUUCAGCCAGGAUCCAGAGGUUCACUUCAAAUAUAUCCAGGCUGCUUGUAAAACUGGUCAAAUCAAAGAAGUGGAGAGAAUCUGCAGAGAGAGCAACUGUUACGAUCCUGAGCGUGUGAAGAAUUUCCUCAAGGAAGCAAAACUGACCGACCAGCUGCCCCUCAUCAUUGUGUGUGACCGCUUUGACUUUGUCCAUGACCUUGUGCUCUACUUGUACCGCAACAACCUGCAGAAGUACAUCGAGAUCUAUGUUCAGAAGGUGAACCCCAGCCGGUUACCCGUGGUGAUUGGAGGGCUGCUGGACGUGGACUGCUCUGAGGACGUCAUUAAGAAUCUCAUUCUGGUGGUCAGAGGCCAGUUCUCUACUGAUGAGCUUGUGGCCGAGGUGGAGAAAAGAAACAGACUGAAGCUGCUUCUGCCAUGGUUGGAGGCCCGUAUCCACGAGGGCUGUGAGGAACCUGCUACCCAUAAUGCCCUGGCUAAGAUCUACAUCGACAGCAACAACAACCCUGAGCGCUUCCUCCGAGAGAACCCCUACUAUGACAGCCGUGUGGUGGGCAAGUACUGCGAGAAGAGGGACCCCCAUCUGGCCUGUGUGGCUUAUGAGAGAGGACAGUGUGACCAAGAGCUCAUCCAUGUUUGCAAUGAGAACUCGCUCUUCAAGAGUCUGUCCCGAUACCUUGUGCGUCGCAAGGACCCCGAGCUGUGGGCUAGUGUGCUUCUGGAAAGCAACCCUUACAGGAGACCCCUAAUCGACCAGGUUGUUCAGACGGCCCUUUCUGAGACCCAGGACCCUGAGGAAGUGUCUGUUACUGUCAAAGCUUUCAUGACUGCUGACCUACCCAAUGAACUCAUUGAACUUCUGGAGAAGAUUGUUUUGGACAACUCCGUUUUCAGCGAACACAGGAACUUGCAGAACCUCCUGAUCCUGACGGCCAUCAAAGCUGACCGCACUCGUGUCAUGGAGUACAUCAACCGCCUCGACAACUAUGAUGCCCCAGACAUCGCUAACAUCGCCAUUAGCAAUGAGCUCUUCGAGGAGGCUUUUGCGAUCUUCAGGAAGUUCGAUGUGAACACGUCAGCAGUGCAGGUUCUUAUCGAGCACAUUGGAAAUCUGGACCGAGCCUAUGAGUUUGCUGAGCGCUGUAAUGAACCGGCCGUGUGGAGUCAGCUGGCUAAAGCACAGCUGCAGAAGGGGCUGGUGAAAGAGGCCAUUGACUCUUACAUCAAAGCUGACGACCCCUCGGCCUACAUGGAAGUGGGACAAGCUGCAGCCCAAAGCGGAAACUGGGAGGAUCUGGUCAAGUUUCUACAGAUGGCUCGUAAGAAGGCCCGUGAAUCGUAUGUAGAGACAGAGCUGAUCUUUGCACUGGCCAAGACUAAUCGUCUGGCUGAACUGGAGGAGUUUAUCAAUGGGCCAAACAACGCACACAUUCAACAAGUUGGUGACCGAUGCUAUGAUGAGAAGAUGUACGACGCAGCUAAACUACUUUAUAACAAUGUAUCCAACUUUGGCCGUCUGGCCUCCACUCUGGUGCAUCUUGGCGAGUAUCAGGCUGCUGUCGAUGGGGCCCGCAAAGCCAACAGCACAAGGACCUGGAAAGAGGUUUGCUUUGCCUGUGUUGAUGGGAAGGAGUUUCGUCUGGCUCAGAUGUGUGGAUUGCAUAUUGUCGUUCAUGCUGAUGAACUUGAGGAGCUCAUCAACUACUACCAGGACCGUGGCUAUUUCGAGGAGCUGAUCACCAUGCUGGAGGCGGCGCUGGGGCUGGAGCGCGCUCACAUGGGCAUGUUCACAGAACUGGCCAUCCUCUACUCCAAAUUCAAACCACAGAAGAUGAGGGAGCACCUGGAGCUCUUCUGGUCCAGAGUCAACAUUCCCAAGGUUUUGAGGGCAGCAGAGCAGGCUCACCUGUGGGCAGAGCUAGUCUUCCUGUAUGAUAAGUAUGAGGAGUUUGACAACGCCAUCAUCACCAUGAUGAACCAUCCUUCAGAUGCCUGGAAGGAGAGCCAGUUCAAGGACAUCAUAACCAAGGUUGCUAACGUUGAGCUGUAUUACAAAGCCACCCAGUUCUACCUGGAGUUCAAACCGCUGUUACUGAACGACCUGUUGAUCGUACUGUCCCCACGUCUCGACCACACUCGUGCCGUCAACUUCUUCAGCAAGGUCAAACAAUUGUCGUUGGUGAAACCAUACCUGAGAUCUGUACAGAACCACAACAACAAGGCUGUAAAUGAGGCACUAAAUAAUCUCUUCAUCACGGAGGAGGAUUAUCAGGCUCUGCGCACAUCCAUUGAUGCCUACGAUAACUUCGACAACAUAUCUCUGGCUCAGAGCCUGGAGAAGCACGAACUCAUCGAGUUCAGGCGAAUCGCCGCCUAUCUGUUCAAAGGCAACAACCGCUGGAAGCAGAGCGUGGAGCUCUGCAAGAAAGACAAGCUCUACAAGGACGCAAUGCAGUAUGCUUCAGAGUCAAAGGACACAGAGCUGGCUGAGGAGCUGCUGCAGUGGUUCUUGCAGGAAGACAAGAAAGAGUGUUUUGCUGCCUGCCUGUUCACCUGCUACGACCUGCUGAGGCCCGACGUGGUGCUGGAGACCGCGUGGAGGCACAACCUCAUGGACUUCUCCAUGCCCUACUUCAUCCAGGUCAUGAGGGAAUACCUCAGCAAGGUUGACAAGUUGGAUGCUUCAGAGUCUUUGAGGAAAGAGGAAGAACAGCUCACAGAGGCACAACCCAUUGUCUAUGGCACACCCCAGCUGAUGCUCACUGCAGGCCCCAACGUCGCAGUUCCCCCACAGCAGCCUUACGGCUACGGCUACCCCACGCCGACUGGUUACGGCCAACCCGCACAGCCAGGCUUCGGCUACGGCAUGUGAAGCCCUCCUGCCCACAGCUGUCCAUCCAUCGCUCCUUAAGUUCCUUACUAGCUUAUUGUGGUCUACUCACAAGGUUAUAUAAAGUAAAAAAAUAAAAAAAAAUUAUUUAAAUUAUUUUCCUUAAGAUGCAAUGAAGGACUUCAUUUUUCUUUGUGCUGUCAAAGAAAAUAAUCGGACCACAUUUUUGUUAUUUCACAUUCCAUAUUUAAG